AUGCAAGGGGCUGCUCCACAGCUUGUGACAAAUGCUCGGGCCGAUUGUGUCCGAGCCCUGCUGACUAGAGGAUAUUUUUCAUCCCUAAACCAUGCUGACUGGGCCGCACCUCAUCUCCUCCGUUGGACAGGUUUCCGAUUGGCGAAUGUCUCGAGACGGAUGGAUUUAACUGGGUCAACGCGAUUCACUAUCAGUGGCAAAGACUGGUUUGGGCCUCCUCAGCCUCUGCAAAUCAUGAAUCGCCAGGAAGUACUCUACCAUCCUGAAGUUCAUCACUCAAGAGGAACAUCCUGA